AUGGACACCUUCAAGAAAGUAACGGGUAAUAAGGGAUUUGAUGACGCAACGCUUUGCCACCUAUUCAGCGAAACGCUGGAUGGCGAGGCAAUGAGUUGGCUUUUCGAAUGCCCACCAGGUUCCAUGGACUUAUUCUCAGCUCUAUCAAAUGCAUUUCUGUCAAGAUUCAUCCUCAUGACAGACGGAUACCACAACUCCAGCCAGCUAUUCAGCGUCAGUCAAGGUGUUGAUGAGUCGUUAAAGUCAUUCGUCACAAGGUGGAGGACCGCCACAUCAAGAUGCCAGGAUCUUGACAAAACAAUGGUGCUGGCGACCUUCAAGCAAAGACUCCACAUGUGCAAAGAUCAAAUACCACCACCACCCCCAAGAAAAUUCACCAGAGUAGGAAAACCUAGAAACAUCGGCAAGUGGUGCAAACACCAUAAGGAUAGCGGUCACAACACCAACGACUGCAACGCCCUCAAGACAGCAAUUGAGUCGUUAUCCCGUGACGGAAGGUUGGAGCAGUACAAAGUACGACAACCACCUUCGGUUGUCGCCAACGUCGAACCAGUGGGGCGGAUCAACACAAUUGAGGGUAGUGCUUUUAUAGGCAGCCUAUCACACAGAGCCAGAAAGCGUUAUGAGCGCGCUAACCACCCAAAAGAGGUAUUCAAUAUCCGUUAUGACCAGUCAGCCAAAAUGGCCAAAACAGGUUGGGGACCAAUCACUUUUUCCGAGGAGGAGGAGCGAGGUAUUCAUUCACCUCAUGAUGACCCAUUUCUGAUAGAUGCCGUCCUCGACAGAUCGUCUGUAGGAAGGGUAUUGGUGGAUAGCGGGUCCGUUGUCAACGUCAUAUUUAAUGGUUGUUACAAACAACUACAAUGCAACAACAAACUUCUGCAAGACCACGAGCCGCUACUCAGUUUCUCUGGCGACGUAACCCAACCUUCAGGGUCAGAUUAUAUGCCUUUAUCGGUCGGACAAUUCCCUACACAGCAGAAAUACAUACUGAAUUCAUUGUAG